AUGGCGCCCAAGAAGAAGCGCGGGGCGACCGGCGGGCGCGCCGGCGGAGGCGCGGAGCCGCAGCUGUCGGAGCGCGCCCAGUACCUGCAGCACGAGUGCCAGCUGCUCUCGGAGCUGAUGGACUCCUGCUCCGGCCGCGUGGACCAGGUCCUGCGAGAAAACGCCUUCCUGGACAGCGAGGCGCUGCGCAUGCGCGAUGAGAACCGGCUCUACGCCAACUACCUGACCGUGCAUGCGCAGCGCUGCUCCAACGCCAUCAUAACGUUGGACGAGAAGAAUCGCGUGGACCUGGCCCAGAUCCACUGGCAGCGAGCUGAGCUCGCGUCGCUCUACCAGGGUCGCGAGGACGGGGUGCGCGCGCAGCUGCUGGAGAUGGAGACCCGCGCAGAGCGGAUGGCCCGGAAGGUCCAGGAGCUGCAGCCCUACAAGGAGCUGCAGCUGGAGCAGCUGGCGCGGAUCCGGACUCUGGAGCGCGAGCUGCUGCACAUGCGCGUGGAGCACACGCAGCUGCUGCACCGCGUGAAGCGGCGCUUCAUGGAAGACCAGGCGGCCUUCGAGCGCGAGGCGCGCCAGCGCGUGCAGUCCCUGGGGCGGCGCGCGGAGCGGGAGGCGGCGCGCGCGCUCAUCGCGCACACGCAGGCCAUCAAGGCUGACAACUGGCGCCUCCGCCAGGAGCUGCUGGCGCUGCUGCGCCGGAACCGGCUGCUCAUCAACCUGCGGCGCCGGCUGCUGGAGCAGCGCGAGCAGCUGCG